AUGUGGUGUGUGAUGCGUCAUGACGAGGCGCGCAUGCUGGAACAGCGGCUGUGGACACGAGGGCAGCAACGUCGGCAAAAGGGCUUGGCCCCAUCGGGGAGCGCCGUCGUUCUCCAGGCCGGCGCGUGUGGGAGGGCGGCCGAUGCAAGGCACCCGAGUGCGCGCCGGAGCAUGAGCCGCUUCCGCGGGAUUUUGACUCUUUGGGUCGAAAUGAGGGGCUCCCAGAGUGCCAGUAGCGCCUCGCCCAACGGCCCCCCCGGCUUGCUGUUCUGUCAGCGAGCCGCGUUUCGACCUUCUCCCACGCACGGCGUCUUGCUGGCGCAGCCAACACCCCCUCGCCUUGGUCUAGGCGGCCUGGUGAGCAGGAGAAGGAGGGGCAGAGGAGUAGGGCUACCUAGCCUCGGGUUUGCCAAGACCAUUACGGUGACAGCCAAUCGUGCAGGUGUUCGCAGGCCUGUCUCCUCAGGCCAUGGCCACCCAGGCUCUCCACCACGGGCACGUGACGGUGCUCCCGUUGUAGCCCGAAGGGAGCGAAUAUCAUUCCAAAGCAAAGCGUCCGUCCUGGGCGAGAUAUCCCCGGACUAUGCUAGGGAUUUGCUGCAGGAUGCGGAAACAUUUGUCGGUGACCGGCGCCGUCGGAUUUGCUGAUCCGCGAAGUAGGUAAUACCUACCUUGAGUGCUUGAGAGGGCGGGAGG